UCAAUUAUAUUUCAGAAAAUCAUUAAUGGGUCGUAAAAAGUGGUGGAAAGGGGGCAGUAGCCUUUUAUUACUGAUAUUUAUUUUUAUAAACAAUCAGGUGGUCCAUAGUGAUGGUGAAAUAGGAUGUUUAUUCGACCGAAAUGUUUGUACAUCAAUUGAUGAAAUCUGUUUUGAUGAUGCUGCAUUUGGUAGAUGUAUUUCAUCAACUGAUGACAGUGAUGAAAGUACCUAUCAGUAUGAUUUAGAUCCAAGACAAUUAGAAUUAUUAAGAAAACAAUUGGAAAAACUAGUAGCUGAAAAAUAUGAGUGGUCUCAUCCGUACACUCAGUGUGUAAUGCAAGAAGCGCUAUACAGCAUUCAUAAUGACGAUACUUUGCCUCUAGCUGUCGUUAAUUUUAUGCCUACCCGAGGUCAUGGUUAUGGAAAUUUCGCGAACGAAAUGUACCAUCCUCCUCUAUUAUCACCGCUUGAUGAGCAAUAUCCGCAAAAUACUGAAGAUUAUCCUUAUCUGGUGAUUGAAGAUCAGAAACCGGAGCACCAUCUAACUUUAAACUUUGAAAACAAUAAAUGAUGGUGAUGAUGAUGAUGAUGGUGUGAUGAUGAUGAUGAUGAUGAUGAUGAUGAUGAUGAUGGUGAUGAUGCUGAUGAUGAUGACGAUGCACCGUUAAUCUUCAAGCCUGAUGAAUUGAAUGAAAUAAAUAGAUACAAUAAUGAAGAUCUUUAUGGAAUUUCAAAAAAGUUAAAUGAAUUAGAACGCCAGCGACAAAUUGAUGAAGCCAAAGAAACAACAAUAUUUAGAUCACGACGUCAACCACAUGGUGAAAGUCCACGUAGUUUAGGAGCUGAAUUGACUGAUUAUUUAGAAUAUUUGAAAGAUUCUACCGAUAAAUAUGAAGAUUUAGAUGAUAGAGUUAUUGAGGAUGAAGAAGAAGAUAGAAACAAAGAUAAAGGAGAUUCUUGGUUUGAUAUUAACUUACCGAGAAAAUUUAAUAAAGAAAGACUCGAUAAGUCAACACUCAAAGAUCUUGCAAGGAUGGAAUUUCUUAAAAAUGAUAGAGCAUGGGAUGGACUAAGAGAUAACGAAAAUACAAAUGAGAAAAAACAAGAUGAAAAAGAACUUGAAGACCCUGAAGAAACAUUAAGUAAAAAACAAGUUGUAAAAUUAUUAGAAACCGAUGAAAUUCCGGAACGAAUUAAAAGUGAAAUUUUUACUGAAGAAGAUCUCGACCAACCAUCAAAUUUUCGUGAUAUUUAUGUCGAAGAGUCAGAUAAUAUUAAUAUUGAUGAUCUUCCAACAUUAAUAUGGAACAGAGAACUACCUGGCUUUAAAAGGCCUGAAAGACUUGAUGUUAAGAAACCUGGACCUUAUUUUUCAACGAACAAUUAUGCUUUUAAAACACAGACACCUAGAUCAAUUGAGGACAGUGAUUUACACGAAAAUGAGGAAGACUUAAGAGCACCUUUAAUGAAAAAAGAAUUGAUUGCUGGAAAAGAUAUAACUCGAUUAUCAUUAGACAAAGAUACAUCACCAAAUUACGACAACGUUGAUAUGGAUCAUGUUUAUAUUCAAUUUAAAGAAGAGUUUCACAAGUGGGCAGAAGGAAAUAAAAUUGUUAAAAAAAUUGAAGAAUUGCUUGGAUUAGAUUCUGGUACAUUUUCAAAUCCUAGAGUUGGAAGAGCCGAAGUUACUUUUAGAGUAUUCAAAAACUCUCAUAAUAUCGAUGCUAUGAAAGUAGUAUCCCAACUUGAUAAUAUUCGAGGAACAUUACGAGAAACUAUGAAUGUAAAUAUAAUAAGAGCUGGAAUCGGUGAUAAAGCAAAACUUCCACCAAUGCUAGAAGUAACAAAUGUUGAAUAUUCAAUAAGUUCAAUGUUAUUCGCUGGGUUAGUUGUCGCGGGAGUAACAGCAGCAGCUGCUGCAGCAAUAAUAACUUUAAUAAUAGCACGUCGGCAUGCUAAGACGAGAGCUAAGUUAGCAGGACUUGUAACUCCAGAUCCUGAAGCUUCGAAUGAUUAUCAAGAAUUGUGCCGAGCGAGAAUGCACGCUAAACAACCAGCUGAAAAAGUUGAAGUACCACGUGUUGCUAAAUUAUCGAAAGAAAGUCAGUCUAAUCGAUCUAGUACUUCUUCUUGGGGAGGUGAAGAAGCCGCUUCACUUUCUAACAUGGACAUAUCUACUGGACACAUGGUUUUGUCGUAUAUGGAAGAUCAUUUAAAUAACAAAGACCGAUUGGACCAAGAAUGGGCAGCUAUUUGUGCUUAUAAACCUGAUCCAUGUUCAACAGCGGUUGCAGAUAAUAAAUCUAAUGCUAAUCGUAAUCGUUCUGGUUCAGUACAUCCUUAUGACCACUCAAGAGUUAUCCUUAAUGACCUCACUAAUAUUAGUAACUCUGAUUAUAUUAAUGCAUCAACUAUUACUGACCAUGAUCCAAGAAAUCCGGCUUACAUAGCAACUCAAGGACCAUUACCACAAACGUCGGCAGAUUUUUGGCAAUUAGUUUGGGAGCAAGGAAGUGUUGUAAUUGUUAUGCUGACUCGUUUAACUGAAGAAGGACGUGCUAUGUGUCACAGAUACUGGCCAGAAGAAGGCUCUGAGCUUUACCAUAUUUACGAAGUUCAUCUCGUCUCCGAGCACAUUUGGUGUGAUGAUUAUUUGGUUCGUUCAUUCUACUUGAAGAAUUUACGUACAGGAGAAACAAGAACCGUAACACAAUUUCACUUCCUUUCGUGGCCUGAAAAUGGUAUUCCACAGUCGACUAAAUCACUUUUAGAAUUUCGCAGAAAAGUUAAUAAAUCCUAUCGCGGCAGAUCUUGUCCAAUUCUUGUUCAUUGCAGUGAUGGAGCAGGAAGAACGGGUACUUAUUGUCUUAUUGACAUGGUACUUAAUCGAAUGGCUAAAGGUACUAAAGAAAUAGACAUCGCUGCUGCACUUGAGCAUAUCAGAGACCAAAGACCAGGAAUGGUAGCAACUAAACAACAAUUUGAAUUUGUACUUGUCGCUGUUGCUGAAGAAGUACAUGCAAUAUUAAAAGCAUUACCUGUUCAAACAAUAGACAAACCGACUGAUAAAACAAAUGAUUCAUCACAACCGACAACUGGCACUUCAACUAAUACAUCUGGACAAUGA